AUGAAGGCGAUCGACUCUGCAACUCCUGCAGCCCGGGAGUUUCAGGAGUUGCAGGGCAUCGGCUGCCUCGGUUGCAUCGGCUCUGCAGGAGUUGCAGCUCUGCAACUCUGCAUCUCCUGCAACUUGGGAGUUGCAGGAGUUACAGAGCAUCGGAGUUGCGGCUCUGCAACUCCUGCAUCUCCUGCAACUUGGAAGUUGCAGGAGUUACAGAGCAUCGGUUGCAUCAACUCUGCAUCUCCUGCAACUCGGGAGUUGCAGGAGUUACAGAGCAUUGGUUGCAUCGGCUCCGCAGGAGUUGCAGAGCCGAUCGCUUCCUGGUUGCGCGCAACUAAAGUUGCAUCGUCCACCAAACUGGAACCCAUAGACGGUUCCUGCACGUGCCCCUGGUGCGGGAACGUCUUUGCCUCCGAUGAGUCCCUCAAGGAACACUUCAGGGCUGUGCACCUCCACGGAGGAGGAGGACGUCAGCAGCGCCAAUUCAGCACCUGCUCCUCCCGCGGUUCAGCGACUACAGCUGUCGUAGUAUCCCGCGACAGAACCCACGCGGAGGAGAGGCCGUACGAGUGCCAAGUAUGUUCCAAGAGGUUCACGCAGAAGGCGCACCUGAACACGCACGUGAGGACUGUUCACGGGGGCGAGAGAAACCACAGGUGCGCCAUCUGCGGCCACGCGUUUCAACUGAGGCACCACCUGCUGAGGCACCAAAGCGUCCACUCCAACCAGCAGCGCUACGCCUGCGAUGUCUGCGGUAGGACGUUCAAGCGGAUGAAUGUUCUGCAUAGGCAUCGACUCCUGCACCGACAACAUCUGCACUGUCUCCUUUGCAUCGCAGCUAUCAAGGAAGAGCAGGAUGUUCCCGAACCAAAUGUCACACCGCGUAGUACCGUCGGGAGGGACAUCAACCAGGAGUCGCGCGGGAAACGCCACAAGGCCGAGCGUCAUCGCCCUCGUCGCUCAGCGGGAAAGUACCAGUGCCGGUACUGCGGCUACCGCAGCGACGGCACAGCCAACGUGAGGAAUCACGAGCGGACCCACACGGGGGAGAAGCCCUUCGAGUGCGUCGUCUGCUCCAAGAGGUUCUCGCAGAAGGGCAACCUGGACACGCACCUGAAGACUCUCCACGAAGGGAAGAGGAUGUACACGUGCUCUGUGUGCGGCUUCGCGUUUCAGCAGAAGAUCCACCUGCAGGACCACUCCGAGAGCGUCCACUCCACCGAGAGGCCCUUCGAGUGCGACGUCUGCGGGAGGGCGUUCAAGCUUAAGACCCUCCUGCGUAGGCACCUGCGUGUCACUCUGUGCGGAGAGCAGUCCUCCUCUGGUGACGUCUGAUGUCGAGCUAUAUAGAGGGUGUGUGCAGAAAAACGUGACCCGCAUUUUUACAUGUAACUCGUUGUCUACUA